GUGCGUGCUACAAAAGUCUCCUUCAUUGGAUCAUUCAUAUGUAAAUUAGCUAGAUCAGCCAAUCAACGCCCCUUUUUCCAAAAUCUAGGCUCUGGUACCUUUGCGCUAUCACUUCCGGGUUCAAGCAGAAACCGGAAGCGUUAUUUUUUCCUGGCUACCAAAACACACGAAAAUGGCUGGAUCUGCGCUAAAACGUCUGAUGGCAGAAUACAAACAGCUGACCCUGAAUCCACCAGAGGGGAUUGUUGCAGGGCCAGUUAACGAAGAAAACUUCUUUGAAUGGGAAGCUCUCAUCUUAGGCCCAGAAGGGACGUGUUUUGAAGGAGGCGUGUUCCAGGCCAGGAUGACGUUCCCCUCAGACUACCCCCUCAGUCCACCCAAGAUGAAGUUCACCAGCGAGAUGUUCCAUCCAAACAUUUACCCUGAUGGCAGGGUGUGUAUCUCCAUCCUACACGCCCCUGGUGAUGACCCUAUGGGUUAUGAGAGCAGCAACGAACGCUGGAGCCCUGUACAGAGUGUGGAGAAGAUCCUACUGUCCGUGGUCAGCAUGCUAGCAGAACCCAAUGAUGAAAGUGGAGCGAACGUGGACGCCUCCAAGAUGUGGCGUGAAGAUCGGGAACAGUUCGACCAAAUUGCGCACAGACUCGUCAGAAAAUCCAUCGGAUUAUGAUGUUGAGUUCCUCUUCACUCUCAGACAUCGAUAUUUAUAUAUCAUUUGAUAAUCAAUGCUAAGGAAGGAAAUAACUUUCAAGAUCAACAUGGUGAAAGUUAAAAAAAUUAUAUAAUCAUUUGGUUUAGUUCAUUAUUAAGUGCAGGGUUUGUUUUCUUUUCUGGCUCAUUGAAUUCCUGUCACUCUUUCACAGUUUGAUAAACAAUGCUAUCAUGCCAAAGCAAAGAAAUUAGAACUUAUGAAAACCUAACAACUCAGACUUUGGAUUUGUUCUUAUUUGGACCGGGAAGAAUCUAACAUGGUCAGACUGUAACAGACCAUGUCAUAUAUACAAAAUUGGUGAGAAUAUUUUCCAAAAUAUGGGUAUUAUUUUCCUUAUAAUGAAGACAAAUGGGCUUACCGUUAUACUAGUAUCGUCCCACUUUCAACCAUUUCUGUAGUUAGAAAAAAAUAUUGUAAGUGAACUUCUCACAAUUUUGACCAACAAUUUUCUUUGUUUUUUUUUUCCAUUGCUGGUCUCAAUGAUUUUUUUAAUUUGUGAUCACUUUUUGAUUUAACAAUAUUUACAUCCUGCACACUAUAUUGAAAAAAAAAACACAUAUAAAUAUAUGAUAUUAGAAUAUUAAACAUAAUACAUAACCAAUUAUAAGAAAUUUUAUCAAAGAUUGUGACCUCUUUGAUUUAACUAAUGUUAUCAUAUGUCUCUUGAGACAGGUUUUGUAUGCAACAUUAACAUCACCCUUGUUUGAAAUAUUUACCUUUAUUAAAUUAUGUCAAUGUU